GAAAGGCGCGCUCCAAAAAAGAAGACAAUGAAACGGAAUCAAAAGUUUUUCUGAGCGGAGAACUCUCACGGGCUUUAGAAAUGAACGUUGUCAGUGACAGACACAACGAGAAACUCGCCUCUCUUUUUCAAUCUGCUGAUGGCACUAAGCGAAUCAGCUUUGUCACUGCCCAUCAAGAGAAAUUAGAGGAGAAGAAAGUAGAGGGACUUAGCAAGCUAGACACUUCGUUUCAUCACCAGCAAGCUGAUGAAUUGGAUUCUAGUUCAUUGUCUGCGGUUUCUGACAAAGCCACUCGACAUGACAGAGAAGACUCAAAAAGUUUCACAUCAAGAUCUUAUUGUACAGCACAUCAGAAAACCAAACAUACUGAAAGAGACAAAAGAACUGUUUUUGUUGGCAAUCUUCCUGUAGCAACAACACGACGAACACUAAAAAAGUUGUUUUGCAAGUAUGGCAGUAUUGAAGCUACUCGACUUCGUGGAGCAAUUGCCUACAAUCCAAAACUUACGAAACGAGCGUCAAUGAUCAGGAAGCAGUUUCAUCCUGAUCAGGAAUCUGUUAGUGGGUAUGUUGUAUUCAAGAAAGAGUCAGCAGCCAAUGAUGCACUUAAUAGUAAUGGAGAUGUUGUUGGUGACAGGCAUAUUCGUGUUGAUCAUGCAAAUCGAGAGAAAGGGGACUAUAAACAAUCAGUAUUUGUGGGCAAUCUACCAUAUGUUGUUGAUGAAGAGGCUUUGAGACAACUUUUUGGCCAAUGUGGAGAUGUCAGGAGCAUUCGAGUGGUCCGAGACAAGAAAACCGGUGUUGGCAAAGGAUUUGGCUAUGUUCACUAUGAGGACAAAGGAGCUGCAAGUUUGGCUCUGAAACUACAUGGAUCAGAGUUUAAAGGACGAGCAAUUAGAGUAUUCAAGGCUACUGAUACUAGAAAACGCAAACAGGGAAAAAAGAAAUAUGUCCAUCAAGAAUCAUUGAAGAGGAUGAACAAGUUGUCAACCAAAGCUAAAACUGAUUUGAAAUCUUCCAGACGAUUAGCAAUGAUGCGCAAUAAGAAGAAGACUCAAGCGUUUUAGUUGACUGCUGUGGGAUCCGCCAAUGCAAGAAUUAGCUGGCAUACAAGGAACAGUCACAAAUGGAGGUAACUGAAGUCAUACAGUAUAUGGAUACAUUUGCAUGGCAAGUAUUGUUCAUUGAAAAAGGCUAAACGUGCAAGUUGCAUGGUUUCUGUACUGGAGUGUGAAUUUCCUAGAAUGAAGUAUUGAUUAAGCAUGA